AUGUCGGAUCCCAAUCCCGCCCAAGAAGAAUUCUCUCGUCUCGUUAGCAACAACGCAGCAGACGAACUUCGUGUCCACCCCGAAGACCGCGACGAAGAAAGAUUCAACCGCACCCAAGACCUUACCGAAGAAGACGAGUACCGCAACAAUCAGAUAGACGCAGCCAUGAGGAUCCCCGCUUUCGAUAGGCUCAACGGUGGCGGCGCCACUGCCGAUAUCAAGCUCCCUCCUGCCAGCUUCGACGAUGGCCGCUCCACCGGCGUCAAGGGUGUCAUCGCCGACGCUAGGUCCUACGAGUUGGCCAAGAAGCAGAGGUUCAGGAACGCUAUCCGUACCGCCAGGCGUUCCAUCUUCGGCCUCGAUUCCCACCAGAAUGCCCAGCCCAAGUACACCUCCGGUGAUAGCGAGACCGAUGGUGAUAUCAGCGGUAGCGACUUCGCCGACGAAGAGGCCUUCCUCCAGCAAUGGCGCGAGAGCCGCCGCAGGGAGCUCGAGAGCGAGGCCAACCGCGCCGUGCGCCCCCGCCGUACCAGCCCUAGCGUCAGGAUAUAUGGACGUUUCGACGAGGUCGAUGCUCUUGGAUACCUCGAUGCUAUCGAAAAGGUUGGGCGCGAAACCGUUGUAGUCGUUUACGUCUAUGACCAUGAGUGCCCUGUAUCUUCCGAGAUUGAACGCGCUCUUGUCCCUCUCGUCUCCAGGCACACCGCCGUCCAUUUUGUCAAGGUACAUUACGAGGAAAUCGAGUUCGACAACGCUGGCGUCCCUGCGGUUCUUGCCUACAAGAACCAAGGAGAUCUCUUUGCGAACCUGACUGGUAUCAUCGAGAUGAUUCCCGACGACGAAUCCUUUGGCACCGACUCGUUACAGUCACUUUUCAGGAAGCAUUACAUCCUGUAA